AGCGAAUGAGGGGGAGGGCUUGACAGGACAGGAAAGGAGGGAGCAGGAGUUGGCCUUUCCAUGCAUCUGGAUGUCUACUGCACUCGAGAAACAAGUCCGGGACUGCUUGUAUGGUGAAAAGCGAACAGCUUGGACGAGCAGAGUAAGGCAAGGGAAGGCAAGGAAAGGCAAGGCAAGGGAGCGCUGCGCUGUGCUGUGCUGUGCUGUUCUGUGCUGUGCUCCGCUGCGCUGCGCUGUGAGCAGCAGGAACACGAACAGGAAUGUUGCCGGUGAUCCUGACGGUUUACCUGAACGACACGCAACAGAUGCUGACCGAGGUCCCGGUUACUCCUGCAACCAGAGUUGGAGAUGUGGUGGAAUACUGCAAAGAGGCAGGCGAAGGAGAGUGCCACUUAGCUGAAAAGUGGAAUGGACACGAACGAGUUCUCCCUCAGCAAUUGUUACUCUUGGACCUCCUUCAGCAGUGGGGAGCAAGGAGGCCAGAGGUCAGCUUCUACCUGCGACACUGUCCUUCCUUGCCACGAGGAAGUCUGCAGCCUUUGGCGACAACUUGGACCAUGGAAGCUCCAGAGCGCAAGAACACCAGUGUUCCCCGUGUGGAACUCACCCUGUCUGAGCUCCAGGAAAUGGCCACAAGACAACAGCAACAGAUGGACGCUCACCAACAGAUGUUGGUCGCCAAGGAGCAAAGGCUGAGGUAUCUUCAACAGGGAGGCCCAUCCAACCAGGGGCAGACACAGUCGGAAGCUGAGAAAGUGCAGCGCUUAAAGGAGCGAGUGGAGUGUCAGGAGGCCAAGCUGAAGAAGAUUCGAGCCAUGAGAGGGCAAGUGGACUACAGCAAACUGAUCAAUGGGAACCUCUCGGCGGAGAUCGAGCACGUGAGCAGCCUGUUUCAGGAGAAGCAGGCUGAGCUGCAGUCUGCCGUGAGCCGGGUUGACCAGCUGACCCAACAGCUGGAGGAUCUGAGGAAUGGACGCCUGCAGCUGCAUUCUAUUGCCUCCCAGCAGGGGGCGCCCAACAGGGGCGCUGGAGCGAAAGCGCCAGCGCCGCCGCCGCCCUCUGGCCCUGCUGCCUUAGAACUGAGGAAGCUCUACCAAGAGCUGCAGGCUCGCAACCGUCACAACCUGGAGCAGAGUGGCAAGCUCGCGCACAACAAGGAGGUGCUGAACAAGAGGAAUGCUCAGGUGACCGUGAUGGAUCGACGUAUCGGAGAGCUGAGGGAGCGACUGCAGAAGAAGAGAGCCCAAUUGAGCCGUAUGAAUGGCGGAGGCCCUCCUUCUCCUCCAAAUGCCACCGCUCGACCGAGCGGCGGCGUGUCGGGCCGAGUGGCCGCCGUGUGCCCUUACAUCCAAGCUGCUCCGGCUGAGGCGGGCGGCAAGCUGUUACCUGACGCCAAAGUCAGUCACACGCGCUCCCUUUCGGACGAGAACAAGAGUGGCAUCAGGAAGCCUCCCAGCCAAUGGAAAGUGUCCGAUUUAGACACGGUCCUGUCGCAGCCAAAUGACUUAUGUGGGGGGGCUCCCGAAUCUCCCCAGGGGGACAAAGGGAACAACACUAAUGAAGCAUCGUGGCCUACCAUUGGUAAACAUUGGAGGAGCAACAGUGCAGAACAGCAUCUCCCUUGCCGUUACGGCACCUACCCCAGCAGCAGCUGCAGCAGCAGCAGCCACCACCACCACCAGACAGCUGGGAAUCAGCGUUCCACCAGCUCCCUGCCUCGAUCGGCUCCCGGCACAUUGGGAUGGCCCCGGCCCAGCGCUGCCGCCGCCGCCGCCUCAUCUUCUUCAACCUCCUCCUCCUCCUCCUCACAGCAAAUCCAACAACGCAUUGCCGUCCCUCCAAAUUCAAACCAAGGCUCGCAGCCCUUGGCAUCUCAGAGCGAGCGGACGGAUCCCCCCCCUCCGGCGGUGGCCGUACGUCCUUACGUACCCGAGCACGCGUCCAGACCGCAGUCUCCUCGAAAGGGCCCCGCCUCCAUGAACAGCAGCUCCAUCUACAGCAUGUACCUUCAGCAGCCUCAGGCCAAGAACUACGGCUCGCUCAGCAACAGGAGCGCCGCCACGGUGAAAGCGGUCUACGGGAAACCCAUCCUGCCCACUUCCUCGGCGUCUCCGUCCCCUCUUCCUUUUCUCCACGCAGGAAUAAAGACAGAAGACAAGGAGGUUGGAGGAGGAGGAGGAGAGCCCGGCGGCGAUGGGCCAAUCCUACCUCCUCCCAGCGUGGACAACAUUCCCCGUCCUCUCAGUCCGACGAAGCUCACUCCAGUUGCCCACUCGGCUCAACUGCGCUACCAAAAUGACGCUGAUCUGGAAGUCCUCCGGCGUCGUCUGAGCAAUGCUCCGCGCCCUCUGAAAAAACGAAGUUCCAUUACGGAACCUGAGGGCCCGCAAGGGCCAAACAUUCAAAAACUACUGUACCAGAGGUUUAACACUUUGGCAGGAGGCAUGGAAGGGGGCUCAGCCAGUACUUUCUACCAGCCCGACAUGGACGCGAUCCACUCAGCCGAGGGGGAUGUGGAAGCAGGUGAAAAGCAUGCCGGCUUGUCAUCAGAGGACGCAGAAGUUCAGAACUUGAACUUGGACCGGCGGCGCUUAUCGCCCCCCGCCGCCGCCGCCGCCACUGAGACGGCCGCGGUGGGAGAGGAGAGCAAGAAGGUCUCUCCGUCUCCACAAAGCCACCUUCCCUCGACCCCCAAUAAAUGGGAAGAUCAGAACAAUAACAAUGAGAGCGGUUCUUGUUGGGCCCACGGCGUGACGAGUCGGGCCUCACCUUCGCCCUCACCGCCGCCCGGCCCGCCUUCAAGGCCCAAGGUGAAGCGAAGCAAUUUGAAAAAGCCGUCAUCGGAGCGCACGGGCCACGGUCUGAGAGUCAAGUUCAACCCCCUGGCUCUGCUGCUCGAUGCGUCCUUAGAAGGAGAGUUUGAUCUGGUGCAGAGAAUUAUCUACGAGGUGGAAAAUCCCAGUAUGCCAAACGAUGAAGGCAUUACUCCGCUUCACAACGCUGUGUGUGCUGGCCACCACCACAUUGUCAAGUUCCUGCUGGACUUUGGAGUCAAUGUCAAUGCAGCGGACAGUGAUGGAUGGACGCCUCUGCACUGUGCCGCUUCGUGUAACAGCGUCCACCUGUGUAAAAUGCUGGUGGAAUCAGGGACAGCCAUUUUUGCCCAAACAAUCAGUGACGUUGAAACGGCAGCAGACAAAUGUGAAGAAAUGGAAGAAGGUUACGCGCAGUGUUCGCAGUUCCUUUACGGUGUCCAGGAGAAGUUGGGUGUGAUGAACAAAGGCUCGGUGUACGCGUUGUGGGACUACACGGCCCAGCGGCCCGACGAACUGACCUUCGGCGAGGGCGACGCCCUGACCGUGCUGCGACGGCGCGACGACACCGAGACAGAGUGGUGGUGGGCUCGACUGGACGACGGCGAGGGAUACGUUCCCAGGAACCUGCUCGGGCUAUAUCCAAGGAUCAAACCCAGACAACGCUCCCUGGCCUAAAUCAGAGCUCCAAAGCGUCGCUGGCAAAGAAAGGAGAGAAGUGACGGAGGAGGAGAGAAGCAAGUUGCUCUUCCAACAAACUGAUGCAACUAUUUGAAAAGAAGGCCACAAAUAGAACAGAUGUUGCAAAUUCAACCGAAUAGUAAGCUAAAUAUGAGCUAAAGAAAAAACAUCUCCUGGGCCGUUCGCAUUAGAUUCCACGUUGGUCUAUCAUCUUCACAUUUUUAGAGAGUUCACAUUUGGUCGAUUUUUGUAUGCCUUUCUCCGAAAUAGAAAGACCCAGGUGGCUUCAUGUGUAACCUUUGAGUUGGAUGUGCUGAUUGAGAAUGCAAGGUGAAUGCAAAUAUUUGCUGGACUUUAAUGAAAGUGAGACGUCGGUUCUGAGCUUGCAGUUGGAAAAGAAAUUCCAAGCAAUGCUAGUUUGCGAAAGGAGAGCGUGCUCAAAGGGUUGGGCAGCGAUGUCAAGUGGCAAUAGAGCGGCCUGAAUCGGCCCCUGAACUUUGGGGAGAUGGAUGAUCAACGGAAGGAAAAGAAGAAUGUGCUUGAGUGCUUUGAAGAGGAUUAGGAUGCAUUUGGAAAACCCAAGUACAUUUGGAUAGGUUGGAGGCAACAAAGUGAUCCGUCCCCUUUCUGUAAAACUCCAAAUUCCACCACAUACGUAAUACCAGAACAAUACUAAGCAGCUUUUGGAAUCUCACUCAGAUGUAUUUUGGGGAAACAGGUCAAAAGAAAGACUCUGAAGUCAAUGAGAAAAGUCCAAACAUGACGCUUGUGUCAAGAAUGUAUUGCUCGCAAACAUUUAGAAUUUCACACGGAACCGUUCCUUGUUGUGUAUGAUACAAAUAAAACACAGUGCACAAUUUGAAACAA